AUUCGCGAGGUGAAUGGUUUUCUGACGAAGUUGUGUAUCUGUUUUUGAGGAUUUUAGUUUGCAUUCUCGGUUUGCUUUUUACGACGAAAUAUUACUACUGGUGGUGGUCUUUCGACCGUAUUUUGAGUUUCCCCGAAACGUUUGGUGUCCAAACUGUGCAAUGAAAAUGAUUUUGAGUAUCACCUGAUCACGGUAUGCUGAUUUUUGGCGAUACAAUUUUAUUCAAUUUUUUUCUUCAUUGUGUGCCCCACACAGUAGUGGAGUAGGAAAGAAGUUGCAAAAUUCAAGGUGAAAUAAAAAAUACUAGCUUUAGCCACAACGUGAGGCGAGCAGAACAAAUAGGAAGGAAGGUCAGCUCAUAUAACUGGGAACUGAUUCUAUCCUGGUGGAAGAGUGCAAUCACAAGCACGGCGAAGAGAAUCAGAAAUUUUAUUGGCAGUGUUAGACGAAAUUUUCAGAGGUUCCGACCUGCAAAAUAGGAACACCUGGUAUAAUCUGCUGCAGAUCGCACCACAAUCGCAAGAUGGCAGAUCAGGAAUCGGAUAUGGAUUACUCGUCGGAUAAUGAUUACGAAUUUGAAGAUUACUAUAAUUCAGGCCUAGAAGAUUGUGAUAUAGAACAGAUUGAUCCUAAACGUUCCGAUCCGGAAUACUUUGUGUACGAAUGUCUCGAUGUAGAGGAAGUGGAAAAAUUACUCAACGAAUUGGUCGAAAAGCUGAGCAACCUACUUCAGAUCACACCAUCUCUGGCGAAAGUGUUGCUACAUGAAACCAAGUGGGACACCGAUGAGGUCGUGGAAAAGUAUCGAAACAACGCGACUAAUCUGCUCGUUAGUGCUCGCAUCAAAGCAGCUCCAGCCGCUAUAGCAUCAACCUCGUCGGCACCUUUGCCGGUUUCAAGUUCGAGUGUGAUCCUACCGAUUCCUGGUAUCUUACCAGUAGCUUUACCUGGGACCAGUACGAAAGCGCAAUCCUUGGUGGCACUAACGACAGCAUAUCGAACACACCCUUGCCCAGUUUGUGUAACUGUCCAGACGCUGGACAAAUUUCACAGCCUCUCCUGUCAACAUUCGUUUUGCCGGGACUGUUGGGCAAUGCACUUUGAGAUUCAAAUUAGCCAGGGCAUUUCAACCCAAAUAGGCUGCAUGGAGCAGAGAUGCGAUGUUCGUGUACCGGAGGAUUUGGUUCUAAAUCUACUCAACCGGCCGAUGCUGAGAGACAAGUACCAACAAUUUGCCUUCGCCGAUUAUGUUAAAUCCCAUCCGGAACUACGGUUUUGUCCCGGUCCUAAUUGCCAGAUAAUUAUACGCAGUUCCGAUAUCAGCCCGAAGAAAGCCACCUGCCGGGUAUGUAAGACAACAUUCUGCUUCCGCUGUGGUACCGAUUACCACGCUCCAACUGAUUGCCAAAUCAUCCGCAAAUGGCUAACCAAAUGUGCCGACGACAGCGAAACAGCUAACUAUAUUAGUGCCCACACGAAGGACUGUCCCAAGUGUCACAUCUGCAUCGAAAAAAACGGCGGCUGCAAUCACAUGCAGUGCUUCAACUGCAAGCACGAUUUCUGUUGGAUGUGUCUCGGUGAUUGGAAGGCACACGGUUCGGAAUACUACGAGUGCUCCCGGUACAAGGAGAAUCCAAACAUUGCGCACGAAUCUGUGCAUGCGCAGGCUCGUGAAGCUCUGAAAAAGUACCUACACUAUUAUGAGCGCUGGGAGAACCAUUCAAAGUCGCUACAGUUGGAACAGCAAACUCUGGACCGCAUGAAGACACGUAUCAACGAAAAGGUAAUGAAGGGCCUCGGAACUUGGAUUGAUUGGCAGUAUUUGUUUGACGCGGCUGCACUGUUGGCGAAAUGCCGAUACACACUCCAGUAUACCUAUCCCUAUGCGUACUUUAUGGAAGCUGGGUCCCGAAAAGAUCUUUUCGAAUAUCAGCAGGCUCAACUGGAGGCGGAAAUUGAGAACCUAUCCUGGAAAGUGGAACGUGCGGAAACGACCGACCGGGGCGAUCUGCAAAAUCAGAUGGAUGUAGCCGAGAAGCGAAGAACGACACUGUUGAAGGAUUUUUUUCCUACCGAAGCGUGAGUAACCAUGAGAGUUAAAUCGGAGGGGGAAAUUCACCGAAACUUGUAAAUGUUAGGUAACGAACAACAAACUGAGAUAUUAAUUCCUCCACACCCACCUCGUCAGACCCUUUUCCCCAUGGUGUAAAAUAUAUGGUAUCAUUGAUUUUAGAGCGAAAAUUUGUUUGACCUUAUUCAAUCGAUUUAUUUAUAUAAGACAAGUAUCGUUUUACCACCUGGAUUUCGGAAGCUUUCGCUCGUUGUUGCACGAGCCAACCGAGCAGAUAUCCAACUUUAAAAUUAGGAUUCUUACCGGUAGAUAAAUUCUUAAGUUUAAAUUUAUUCUUAUAUUUGAUAUUCCUAUAAUUGUACCAAAUGAUCUUCAAACGUAGCGUAAACCGUACGAUAAAUCUACCUAAUUAACCAACAAGUUGCAAAAUCAGAUGCUGCGUUAGUGUAAAAGCCAAAGACGCAAGCGAAAACAGAUAACGUUGUUUGCUAGUUGAAGUCGAACAUCGAAAACGAACUGAAUUGUCACUCGAUAGUGGAAAGAUAGUUCGUCACUUGAGUUUAUCCUUUAACCGAAACACUAGAAAUAACUAAAACAAUUCUAAGGCAGUACGAGCAAUUUAUCCAUUUAUACUACGACAUUGUGGUAUGGAAUAGAAAAGUAAUUUGAUUCGAAUUGCAUAAUGUGUAAGAAUAAUAAAGCGAAAGAAUCUAUCAAUA